GCUGCUUUGCGAACAAUAGGCAGGAUUGCUCGUUCCACGGCAUACGUUGUCGAUCCUUACAAAGACUAUCCGAAUCUUCUCGAUGAUUUGCUGAGGCUCCUGAAGACCGAAAUGUCGUCGAGGAUGCGCCGCCAGGCCAUCAAAACUCUUGGAAUCCUUGGAGCAUUGGAUCCCUACACACAUAAGGUUUUCACGGGUGCAGUUCAAUCGGCCACCUCCAUUAGUACCGCACUAUCGCUUCCAAUGGCACGAGAUGCUGCUGAUCCUAGACAAGAUAUAAUUCAGUGGUAUAAUUAUGAGAAGUGCACAUUGGAGGAGUUCUAUCCUGCAAUCACAAUUGCGAAUCUCAUGGUGAUGGUUCAAGACGAGGCGUUUACACAGUACUACAAGGAGAUCGCACAAGCUUUGCUCACUAUUUUCCGAAGUCUCGGCGAUUCUUUUCCGCAAUAUGUUCAGCAGGUUGUGCCACGUUUGAUCGAGGUGACUCGUGCGUGCCGUGGCCGUCCGUCUCAUCGGGAGUUCUUCUUGAGGCAACUUGCUAGCCUUGUUGCCAUUAUCAAAGUUCAUGCAAAGCCGUAUAUGAAACAGAUUUUCAGUCUGAUUGCUGACGCAUGGAGUGAAGAUCACAGUGUCAAAGUGACAGUGGUGAGCGUACUCGAACAAAUUGGAACCGCAAUGGGUCAAGAGUUUGCGCCUCAUAUAGCUGAGCUUAUUCCUUACUUGCUACGGGUUGUACAGACCGAUAAGAGCGAAGAGCGAAAGCUCACUGCACAAGUUUUGUCGUGUGUUCGUUCGUUGUCUGGGUGCCUUACACCACAUCUCCAUUUGGUCUUACCCCCGGUGCUCAUGAUACUAGACGAUUCUGCGGUGCCGACACCUGUGCGACAGUCAGCCUUAGGUACGGUUCUGCACCUGACUCGAUGUGACGACCUAUCCGACUACGCACCACGACUCAUGCAAACAUGGCAAAGAGGUAUCUCUGUAGUCGCCCUUCAACCUCAGCUACUAGAACUGUUGGUGGAAAUAGUCAAUCAGAUGUGGAAGCAUUUCGAGGUGUUCCGUAGAAGUGUCGACGCCAAUCUGAGGAAAUACAACUUGAAUAGUGGGGAAAUGUACGAGAAAUACAUAAAAACCGCUCAACAGGCGAUGUUACAUCCAGCUGAACGGCCAGGGAAACGUCGUGGCACUGGCGCAGUUCCGCCGGAGAGGAUUAAUGUCUCGCAUACCAUUACUAAAUCUGCAGCGAAGAACAUGGAUCAGAUUCUAAGCUGGACUGUUAAUAAGCAGAGGCUCAACACCGAC